GACGCAUGUGUUGGUUUGUGAACGGAUUGGCUAGCUAUGCAAUACGCGCACAACGUACUGUAAUGGACCCGCCUACUACGACCCGACUGGAUGAUUCCGCCUCGUCGGCCUCCUACUGCUGUUGCACUGCCACCCCACGACCCGACCGUUUUCCGCGCCUCUAGCAGCGGCAGCGGGCCGCAAUGCGGUAUGGCGUCAUGCCUCUCAACUUCACGCCAUCUAUCCGUGCUUUCACUCUUGCGCCCAAUCCCCCGCUCAGUCUGCCCGCAGCCCCCCUGCCCGCGCGUCCCUUCCCCCGCUGCGCUCUCCGCUCGUGCAGCGGGGAAAUACUGCUGACGUGGCGGGCUGGCGCAACCUCCGAAACGCUUUCGUGCGGGUUGUUCCUGGGGGACGGAUGGGCAGCGCCAGCCGGCCGAAUCCGCGUCCGCCGUCUGCGCGCGACGGACCUUGCGGCGGAGGCAUGCCUGCGCGCCGAUUACCCGCCGGCAGAUACGCCGCCGCAGCCGCGGAAGGAAGCGCGGAACGCCACGCGACCGUCCUCUGGAUCCCCCGCUGCUGUUGUGAACGAGGGAGCGGGCCAUUCCGCUAGCCCUUCCGCCAGACUUUCCGCCAGCCCCUCCGCCAACCCUUCCGCCACCCCUUCCGGUGCUGCCGCGACUGCAGCGGAGGCGGUGGUGGGGGGAGUGAUGGCGGGCGGGCGGCUGGCGAGGGAGGCGGGGCGCGAGGAGGAGAUGCGGAGGCGUAGGCGGAGGCAGAGGAGGAGAGACCUGGUGGUGGAGGUGGAGGCGGAGGGGGUGGCGGAGGCAGUGGUGGGCGCAGUCACCAUGCGCGCUGGGGCGGAGCCCGCUCUGGACGCGCCCCAGACGCGACGCAGGGGGAGACAGAGGCGGAGAGACCUGGUGGUAGAGGCGGAGUCGGAGGGGGAGGCGGAGGCGGAGGGGGAGGCGGAAGCGGAGGGGAAGGGGGUGGAAGAAGCAGUGGUGAGGGCGGUUGCCAUGCACGAUGGGGCGGAGGGGGAAACGGCAGGAGGGUUGCUGCAGACGGGGGGGGAGCGUGGUGACGAGGAGACGAGAGCAAGCGAGGAGGAGGAGGAUGCGGAGGGGGAGCAGAAUUCAGACGAGUGUGAGAAAGAGAAUAGCGACGCCCCAUCCCACCGUGCUGCCCGCGCCAGUCCCAGCUGCCCCUCUACUCUGGUUCGAGACCUCCUCUCCCUGCACCUAGCAUCUGAGGGCCUCGCGCCCUCCAUAGCUGCACAGGUGGCGGGCAGCAUGCCGCGAACGGUGCAGUCGCUGCUAGCAGAGGCGCGGCGCUGCGACUGGGUGUCGUACCGCCUCAACCUGCCCAUGGCCGCGUCGCUGUCCUCGCUAGUGGCGGACUCGCUGCAGGUGCAGGGGCUGCCGCGCAUCGUCGUCAUGCUCGUGAACCUGGGAGUGCAGGUGUGGAGUGCACACCGGCAACACCACUCAUCUGCAGGUGUGGAGUGCACACCGGCAACACCACUCAUCCGCAGGUGUGGAGUGCACACCGGCAACACCCCUCAUCUGCAGGUGUGGAGUGCACACUGGCAACACCACUCAUCCGUAGGUGUGGAGUGCACACCGGCAACACCACUCAUCUGCAGGUGUGGAGUGCACACCGGCAACACCACUCAUCCGCAGGUGUGGAGUGCACACCGGCAACACCCCUCAUCUGCAGGUGUGGAGUGCACACCGGCAACACCACUCAUCCGUAGGUGUGGAGUGCACACCGGCAACACCACUCAUCCGUGUGGAGUGCACACCGGCAACACCACUCAUCCGCAGCCCGCAGCAGUGGCAUCCCUGCUGGAGCGGCGGCAGGUGUCACUCUCCGAGCUGGUGGCCAAGCUGCAGUUCCUGCAGAGCAUCGGCGUGCGCCCCCGCUUCCUGGCCGCCGUGCUCGUGGGCUGCCCGCGCUUCCUCGACAUGCCGCUGGCGCUGCUGCACGCGCACGCCACGCACCUCAUGGCGCACUGCUGCACUGGUGUUGACAUUGGCAAGCUAGUGGAAGUGUACCCGCCCAUACUUGGCAAGGCAGUGCAUGCCAAUGUCAUCGCGCUCACCUCCUUCCUCUGCCACCACCUCUCCCUCCCCCCGCCCGCCAUCCCCCGCAUCAUCCGCGCCUACCCCAAGCUGCUGGGCUGCUCCCUGCGCGCCAACCUGCGCCCCAAGGUGGCUGCGCUCUGCGCUGCUCUCCCGGGGCUCACUCCGCCCCUGCUCGGUGCCAUGCUGCGCCGAUGCCCCUCGCUGCUAGCCUGCAGCAUGGAGAGCAAGCUGUUGCCGGCCAUUGCAUUCCUCUCAGAGCAUCUGCUGCUCACACCGCCACAGCUGCUCAAACUGGUCACCUCAGCACCGCAGGUCCUGACCCAGUCGGUGCCGCGCACGCUGCGGCCGAAGCUGCUCUUCCUCACGCACACCGUGGGCCUAGCGCCCCAGCAGCUGGCCGCCAUGCUCCCGCGCCAGCCCAACGUGCUGUGCCUCUCGCCGCCCCUGCUGCACCGCAACUACUGCUCGCUGCGCACGCUGGGGUUUUUGGAGGAGGACGUCAGGCGCAUGCUUGUGCUCUUCCCCACGCUGCUGCUGCUCAGUCCGGACAACGUCCACUCUAAGUGCGCCUUCCUCACAGACACCAUGGCGCGCCCCCUCGCAGACGCCACCGCCUUCCCCCACUUCUUCGGCUACAGCCUGCACCGCCGCAUCCAGCCACGCUACAGCUGCCUGCAGGCGCUGGGUGUCUCCCCGCUGCCCUCCCUUGCUUCUAUGCUCUGCUGCACUGACGAGGCGUUUCAGACCAAAGUUGAAGGAGGUGGGGGAAAGGAAAAGGAGGAAAAGGAGGUGCAGGGGGAAAAGGAGGAGAAGGGGUUUUGGAAAAGGAGGUUGUGAGGAGGUGCUGCUGCUCCCGGUUGGUGAGUCCUCUGUGUGAGGCAGCAGCAGCAGCACCAGCAGCAGUUGAAGCAGGGAGGGGUUCAGAGAAACUAUUGUGUGGCAAAAAAUGAAAGCAGGUCGUGAGUCGUGACUCGAUGCUCCUGGGAGCGCAACUAUCUGCAUCGACUGGGGGUUUCCGCGAGCAUUAGGUUCCGCUAUCCACAAAUGACACUAGGCAUUCAAAUGCCACACCUGUUGAGUUGAAUCCUCAUGAUUAGAUAAGUCCUUAAGGGUUUACCUUACAUGACAAUAUAUGGGUGGUGGGGUGGGGGUCACCCUGAUUUUGUAAGGGCAUUUUUUUCUUGACCCUUAGUCAAAUGUGUAGAUUGCAGAUUCGACAAGUUUCUAUGUCC